CCCCACCCUUUUCAAAUUUCAAAACCCUAUAAACACCACACUACACCGAUUCUCGCAGAGACCAGUAGGAUCCACGCAUGGCUCUGAAAGAUCCUCAAUUCCGGAGCUCCGGGGACCCAAUGGAAGGAUCCGACGCGGAAGAACUAGAGGAGUUGGAGGCUGAUGUGAAGGAAAUGGCUCAGAAGGUCCGCCAUUACCGUACAACUCUCCCAGACCAGCUCAAGGCCACAUUCACUUCGAUUCUAUCUUCUCAGCGACCUCCAUUUCUCGAAUUCGUGUCCGGAUCCGAACCCGAAGCCUCCGGAGAACCUAACCCAGGACAGAGCAGGGUUUUGCUAGCUCAAGGAGAUCAUGAGACUUCAGAGAAAAUACAGUUGCUCAAACAAAAGAUUUCAAGUAAUGUCUCUACCAUUCCAGUCCUCUUGAAAAGAUUGAAUGAAUGUAUGUCAAUGGUUGACAAACUUGAUUCGUACAAUGGAAUUAUGCAUCCUGCCUUCAAAAGGAGAAGGACUAGCUGACCUAGUUUAGUUUCACAUUUGCAUUAAUUUUGUUAUUUGGUUCACUCGAAGAAGACCCCCAUAGUGUAUUAAGGAAAGAAUUCAUUUGCAAA